GCCGUAUUUGUGUCUGCGCUCAGAUAAAAACCCUAAUUUCCCACUCUUUCUCUCUCCACCGCUCAACUUUCUCUCUCUCUACGCAAUUCCUCAUUCGGCAGCUCGAGCUUCUCCUAUGGCGACGGCGGGCGACGGUGCGACUCCAUACCAAAGCGGCGGAGCCGGGGGGAAGUUUCGGAAGAAGCCUAUUCGGCGUAGUGGUCUGGCGACACCGUACGAUCGACCUUCUACCGCACUCAGGAACAAGAGCCCUAGCCUCUUCGCGAAACUCGUAGACCCGGCGUCUAGGCUCAUACACGCUGGGGCUGAUAGGUUCUUCGGCGUAUUUCGUAAGCGGCUUCCUUCCAUCGCUGCACCGCGUCCGCCAGAGACCCUUGAAGAACCGGAUCCUAGCACCGAUGAAGGUGGGAAUUUGGCUAGCAUCUCUGCUUCCACUGAGAUAUCAGAGCUUGAGAAUAUUCUGAAACAGAAGACUUUUACUAGAUCUGAAAUCGAGCAUUUGACAGCUUUGCUGCAUGCAAAAGCUACCAACUCAGAUGACGAUGACGGGGAUAAAGCAAAGCUUCCCAGCCCAUCAUCUCAUUUUCUGAGGCUUGAAGCAUCCACAAGCAGCCCACAUAAUAAGCAUGUGGAAGAGAGGGAAAACAUUCAUGCUAUUACUUCAACUCCUGUUGUCACUUCAAGAACAUUUGAAGAGGAUGUUGCUUCACCAGCUGAGCUUGCAAGGGCUUACAUGGGUACAAGAGCACCCAAAGUGUCACCAUCAACCCUGAGAUUUGGCAGCCAAGAUUCAGCAUUGCUUAAUACCACAGCAAUCCUCCCCCAAAACACCCAUCACAUCACUCGUACCAAGAACUACAGGAACCUUCAAAGGUCUUGA